ACUAAUCAGAAAUCGCAAGAUCAGGAUGGUCUCACUCUGAAAUAUCCACUAUGGCUGAACAUAACUGCCUUCAUUUUAAUAGCCUACUCUGGGUUAUCUCCGAUAAUGAACCCCUGAAGCCCGCUAAAAGCGUUGUUCUUCAGAGGUGUUGUUGCCUAAACCUCCUCAGGCUAAGCCAAUCAUAAACAGAGUUCUGCUUCUGAAAAAAAAUCUGCUGUUUUACUUAAUUAAUGAGAUACCUCAAAAUCCCGAGAGAAGCUGUUACCUGCAUGGAGUGCGGUUUGCUGACAAUCAUAGCAAUCGGCAACACAUUUCACAUGGAAAAGGGUUCCUCAGAUGAUGCAAAGAGGGUGAUGAGACGGGAGAAGAACCGAAUCGCGGCCCAGAAGAGCAGAAUGAGGCAGACCCAGAAGGCCGACACGCUACACCUGGAGAGCGAGGAGCUGGAGAAGGUGAACUCUGCGCUCAGGAAGGAGGUGAAGCAGCUCACCGAGGAGAAGAAGCACCUGUCCUCGAUCCUGAGCAGCCACGAACCCCAGUGUACGGGGGGUCACACCGGGGGCCACGCGGCCCACAGCCCGGAGCCCAUCUUCCCGGCGACGGCAGCGGGGCAGCAUGGCGGCGCCACUAGCUACCCCCACCACCCCCACCCGCACCACCCUCAGCCCCACAGCGUACCGCACCACCUUCUCCAUCAACACCAGCAGCACGUGGCGGCCGGCCCACACUACCAGCACUGACCAGCGGGAGGCGUCUCUGAAUGUCGUCUCUCCGCCCAGCCGGAACCUGUGGAAGUCGUGAGGGUCGCGAAACACAAUAUCGCGACCCCCUCGUAACAUUUGGGAUGGGGGCAGGGGCUGGGCCGGAGUGGAGGUGGGGGGCCCCUUUUUGUGAGAGUUGGAGCGUGAUUGGCUGAUACUAUACAGUGAGGAGAAUAGAAGUCAUAUUGGAGGUAUCGAAUAAUGAUGAUUAUUCUUGCACUGUUUUUUUUACUUUGUUUGUGUUUUAUUGGGUGUUUGCGAAGGGGGGAGUUGGCGCGACAUUUGGCACUAUUCACAAGUAUUUAUUGGAUUCAGGCCAUCUAUGAUCAAUAACCUAUAGAGCAUGUCGAAUCUACAGCGGGGAAUUGCACCGCAAACCGACACGGAAGGAAAGCAAAGUUUUGUGUUUUUAACGUUUUUGUUUUGUGAAUGUACUAAUUGAUUAUGAUUGAUCGAUUAUUGAUUGAUUACUGAUAAUUAUUGAUUGAUUAUGAUUAUUGCUCAGGGAAGCCUCACACGUGCAGGAUAUUUGAUUGUAGACGUAUGGAAUGUAUUUCUCAAAAGCAAUUUCGCUUUCGUGAACCAAAGCAGUUAAAAAACAACACGGUUACAUUGUGUAAAAUAUUCUGUAAAAGUGAUACAUGCUAAUUUGUAAAAAUGAGAGGCACAGCUAUUUAUUAAAUGUGGUGUCUUUAGAUGGUUCCGCUUGCUCUGUUCAGUGCAUGAUAUUCAAAAUGCACCAUUUCACACAUCAUUUAUUUAUAUCAAGAGGGAACUUGCACCAGAUACAAUUAUCAAUUUGUUUAUCUACAAAAUUCAUCAGUUUUAAUAUAAUUAAUUUUGCAAUUGGCCUCAAAACAGGCCUACAGUGUAUACGAACGAUUACAUCCAUUGAACAAGUAUAUUAAUAUCUCUAGUCUAGACGACUUCAUCGAUUCAUAGUUUAUAUCUUUAGACUUGUUUUGAGUGCAUUUGGUCGAUAGGUGGCACUGUUUACCCAUAAACAGAAAAUAAGUGAAAGCUAAACUAGUAAGUGUUGCCCACUGGUCUUGUUGACACCUCUGAAAUUUUCUCCGGAUUGGCACUUUUCAAAGCUCAGGAAAGUGGAGCAGUAAUAUUAUAAGCCCCAUAACUGUCAGGUAAUCCCCACGGGGAAAUCCAUUCUCUGCAUUUAACCCGUCCUAUGCCAGGGGGGUUCACUUGAAUGUUUGUAUAAAAAACAUUCGCAGCACAGAAUAUGUUCUCUGAUUCGUCUCUGAUGUAAAUAGUUCGUUUGAGUUUCUUCCUCAUUACGUCCCUCCGGAUCUCUGGAUUAAUUGUAAACAUGGAGGCCAAAACAUUUCGUUUGACCUUGUGAGUAUUUGUUUGAUCUUCUCCAAAUAGGCGAUGUCCCUGUACUUAGCAAGUGAGUCAUCUGAUGUCUCAUUUGUUUUGCGCCUUUUGGACCUAGUGCUAAUUAGUUUAAUUAAAAUAAGAGAACACUGAAAAUUACCUACAACAUUUUGAAAUAAUACCAACUUGACUUUCAAAUAAUAAUCCGAACAG